AUGUCUUAUGCCGACGCUGCUGCCAAGGGCCCCAAGCAGGCUCCCGAGGACAUACUAAUACCACGCAGUCGCGCCCCCGAUGUUGGCGGCGUCUACAAGGAUGAAUCCGAAAGCACCGCCUCCCUCGUCGAUGUCGACUCUCCCCACGUCCAGGCGGUCGACCCCAACUUUCUGCAGCAGGAUGUCCAGACCUCCACUCAGGCCGAGCGGCUAGAGCGCGAGGCCGAGGAGAAGGACAAGGCCAAAGCCCGCGAACACGAUGAAAAGAAGGCCAAGGCCCGUAAGGCGAAGUGCAGUGGCCUGCGCGCCAACGCCGGCAACCCCGUCUACAUUGGCAAUGCCUUCCUUCUGACCCUGGCCGGUGCGGGCUUGGGCUUCGGUGCGUACCGCAAGCAUGUCGCCGGCAAGCUGUCGUGGGAGCUCAUCGGGUUGUGGUCUGGUGCAGUCGGUGCCGUCGGUGCGGUGGAUUACUUCGUGAGCAAGUGGUUCCUCCAGAACAAGUACCCCCCUAAAUAA